AUUUUUUUUAUAAUACAAGACACCAUUUUCCCGAACUUAAUCCAAAUCCCUAAAGGCUCAAAAAAGUCGUCUAGAAAUUCUAGGGGUCUUCUUUUUCCUAAUCUAAGAAAGAAGAGGAAGAAUCAAGCUUGGUUUUCUCUCAGCAGGAUGUCAGAGGCACCAUUCAGACCUAGGGAAAAGCUUAUCGAGUAUCAGAAAUAUUUUCAAGGCAUCCACAAACACACUUACUUGAAAGGUCCUUACGAUAAGAUCACAUCUGUCGCCAUUCCCGCCGCUCUAGCUGCAAGUUCCUUGUUUUUAAUCGGACGAGGGAUCUAUAACAUGUCUCAUGGGAUUGGAAAAAAGGAUUGAGAGCUCUCACUCGUGGUUAGAAGACAUGUUUUUCUUUUUUUGGGUUUCAUUUUAGCAUGAAAUUGUUUGUUUAUUUGCUCUAAUAAUUGUUUGGUUUUUAUGCCAAAUGGAGAUCUUAAAAGAUACCCUUUGGGGUUAUGUUUUUUAGUUUGGUUUUGGAUUCUCUUGAAAAGCUAAAUGAUAAGAAACUCAAGGAUUCAACA